AUGGAGACGGCGCUGGGCUUGGCGAUGGAGGACGCGCUCCGCGAGCUGCUCCCCGAGGGCCACGAGCCCGAGAAGAUUGCGAUCGAGCGCAUCCUCGACAGCGUCCUUUUCCAGAGCAUGCACAUCUACGCGACCGAGCUCGAGAAGCUGGAGCGGCAGCGUAAGAAGCGGGCGCGCGAAGCGGACGCCGGCCAGCCCAAGGCAGCGCAGCCCAAGAUGCCCACGUUGGCAAAGAGCAUGAAGAGCGACUUUCAAGUCGUUGGCUCUAUGCAAGAGUACAAGAGCUACCUUGAUACAUGGGAGAUCGACGUCAAGGACGCCCAGGUCAUGAGCGCCGGCAUCGAGCGGAACCAAGCGACGCCGACCUUCAAGACCGUGCUGCGCAUGGUCGAGCGCACGUCGCUGUAG